AUGCCGACUCGUUCCAGCAACAAGAUCCCUGCUGUGAUUAAUCGGAAUGCUGUCGUGCGGAUCUACAUUGAAAGGGUGCCGCUUUUUCGAGACGACGAUUGGCUUAAGUAUGCUGAGGCUGCUAAGGAAGAGUGGCCGGGUGAUGACCCGGAUUUUGCUGCAAUAGCUGAGUUCCUCAGAAGAGCGGAUCUCAGCGACAGGUUCUACUUGCGAGAGAGUGUUAAGAUUAUUGUCGAACGGAAAUCCGGCGACUUGCUCUGCAUCACUGACCAUGAAGAUGUCACCACUCGUUUAGCGGUUCGCUUGGAACGGCUGCCUCUGCUCUCUUUGGAGACUCUGGAUUGA